UUGACAAGAACAAUGGGAAUAUUGGAGAGUUGCAGAGGAUUGAUCUUUGUGUUUUCAGUGUUUUUACUUGCUUUACUUGUAGGAGGUGAAAGUAUCACACAGCAAAAGAUCAAGGAGAAUUGUACAUACACAAUUACUGUUCAAACGACAUGUACUAAAGGUGCUGAUACCUCAAACCAUGUUAGCUUGAGAUUUGGCGAUACAAAAUCAAAUGACAUCUUGGUGAGACACUUGAACUCGAAAAAGAUAAGGAGAUUGGAUCCGUUAGAUCCUGUUGUCCUCAAUGACAUACCUACAAAACCAUUUCAAGCUUGUGUGGUGGAUGAAUUUGAAGUUAAAGGUCAGUGCCUAGAAUCAGCUGUUUGUUACUUAUACUUGAAACUAGUCGGAGAUGAUGACUGGCGGCCUGGUUUUAUACAUGUUAAGGCACUCGAAAAACCUCAUCUAAGCUCAGAAUAUUUUUAUUUCCGACGUUAUCUUCCAAGGCAUGUUUGGCAUGGUUCUGAUGUGUGUGAUAGUGAGGUCACUCCUUUUGGUAUCAAGCACAAGAGAAAGGUGUUUGCAGAGAAAUCGACUCACAGUAAGGUAUUGUUGGUGCCAUAGAAGUGUUAAUUAAGGGUUUAUAUAUUUGUCUGCUAAAUUAAAUUAUUGUUGAUGUUUUGAAAUGUAACGUUCUGAUUAAAAAUAAUUUAGCUGUUAUCAUGCAA